AGAAGCUGCACUUUCUAAUAACUCAGGUACUUCAGAGAACAAGGUCCGGUAUUGCUAAUUGGAGUAGGCACGCUUUCCGGUUAUUUGAACUAGAGGGAUGUAUGCUCGAACAUGGCUGACAACCAUCAAGAAUUAACUUUUUGUUGGUGGUAUUGGUAAUCUGAUCGGACAGUGAUUUUCUUGAACUUUCACAAAGCAUGGGAACACAACCGCGAGAAAGUUCACGAGCAGAGAGCAUGAGUGCUGGAAUUGCAGAGGGGUUGAACGUGACGAACAGUUGCUGAAUGCUGACUUGUAUUUCGAAUAACAACAGUCAGAGUGACUUAUCUCGUUGAUUUCUUACUGAGAACAGUUUAGUUGCACCAUUACAAUAUUGUAGAAGUGUUGAUUUUCAGCUAACAACUUGAUGCUUCUUGAAUCUCGCAAUCUCCUGUGCCCAACAAGUAAUGUCAUAUUCGUGAUUUAAGUGACAACUAUUGACUAAUUUCUGUAAGUUAUUUCGGUAAAUAUAUUCAGACAGUGAAUGAGUACUGAUGCAACUUGGCUGAGCUGUUGCCGUAAUUUGUGCGUGAAACAUAAAGUGUUUUCUUUUGGCUAAUCAUCGCAGCGUUUUGGGAAAGUUGUAUGUAAUGACGAAUAUGUCAAUUGUGCGGUUUGCUUGUGGAAGUUCUCCACGUUUAUGCAGGAGUCGUACUUCAUUUAUGGUUAAAAGUACUUGUCAAUAUUCGGCAACUGCUGUAGAAGAGAAAGCAAAAGAACAAUCGUCAAAGUAUGAUCUUGUGGUCAUUGGUGGAGGAUCAGGAGGAUUGGCAUGUGCCAAAGAAGCAGCCCAUUUGGGUGCAAAAGUAGCAGUUCUAGAUUAUGUAACUCCUUCUCCUCGAGGAUCCAAAUGGGGUUUGGGUGGGACAUGUGUUAAUGUUGGCUGUAUUCCCAAAAAGUUAAUGCAUCACGCUGCUUUGCUGGGUGAGGCUGUUCAUGAUGCAAGAGCAUAUGGUUGGGUGCUCCCAGAAAAGGCCAAAGUAGUGCAUAAUUGGGAGGUAUUGAGAAAUGCUGUUCAAGAUCACAUUAAGUCUGUGAAUUGGGUUACAAGGGUUGAAUUGCGGAACAAGACAAUUGAUUACAUCAAUGGUCGUGGAUACUUUCAUUCCUCUCAUGUUGUUAAUGCAGUUUUAAACAAUGGUAAAGAACGUUCAUUAAAUGCUGAGAAGGUACUAAUUGCUGUUGGAGGUCGACCAAGAUAUCCUGACAUUCCUGGUGCUUUGGAACAUUGUAUUACAAAUAUUGGAUUGGAAUGUGCUGGAUUUUUGAAUGGGCUAGGAUAUGAUGCUACAGUUAUGGUCCGGUCUGUCCCUCUGCGAGGAUUUGAUCAGCAAAUAGCUCAAUUAUUAUGUGGUGAAAUGGAAGAAAGAGGAGUUAAAUUUUUACACAAAUGUAUUCCAACAAGGGUAGAAAAAUUAGAAAAUGGACAGUUGAAAGUAACUUGGUCAAAUGUGAAAGAUUCAUCCUUGCAGUCAGAUGUGUUUGAUACUGUCCUUUUUGCUGUUGGUCGGCGUGCCCUGACUAAAGAAUUGGCUGUGACCACUGCAGGUGUUCACACGGAAAAGGAAUCAGGAAAAAUACGUACUGAUAAUGAACAAACCAACAUUCCUCAUAUAUUUGCAGUUGGUGAUGUAUUACACGAGAAACCAGAGUUGACUCCUGUUGCAAUUCAAGCUGGCAAAUUAUUAGCACAUCGUUUGUUCAAUGGAGGUUCUGAAGUAAUGGAUUAUCACAAUGUUGCUACUACAGUAUUUACGCCUUUAGAGUAUGGAACUGUAGGAUUCAGUGAAGAGAGGGCUGUUGAAUUAUUUGGAGAAGAUAAGCUGGAAGUAUAUCAUGCUUUCUACAAACCCACAGAGUUUUCAGUUCCUCAAAGAAAUGCAUCCCGCUGCUACAUAAAAGUUAUCUGUGAAAGGGAAAAGCCUCAUAAAGUAUUAGGAAUGCACUUUGUUGGACCACAAGCUGGUGAAGUUAUACAAGGAUUUGCAGCUGCCAUGAAAUGUGGAUUGACCAUGGAUCUUUUGAAGACCACAGUUGGCAUCCACCCAACAACUGCAGAGGAAUUUACUAGAGUAUUUGUGACAAAACGGUCAGGCCUUGAUCCUACUCCUCAGAGCUGUUGUAGUUAAAUUCUUCACAUGAAGUGAGGUAACAUGCAAUUCAAAUUACUUCACUUGCAGGAAAUGUGUAGUGUAUGUAGAUAGUUUUUUCUAAUUAGUGCAUGAUGGUUAUCUAAUUGUUAUUUUCAUUAGCAAAGUAUAUCUCUGGCAGUUCCCCACAGAGAAAAUUAUAAGGUUAAUGAAGGAAAACAAAGGUAGUUUAAGCUGUGGUGGAGAAUAGAGGUUAGAAAAAAGUUUUGUUCUUGAUAUUAAUGUGUUUGUUUAUUGCAUUUGAACAGUCCCAGCAUUGAACACAGAAUGUAUGAAUUUCUCUAUAUUAUAUUCAAUAAGUUAUUUCAGUAUAAAAUCCCGUUGGUGGAAGUCCUGGUAAGAAAUGCUAUUGCUCUCUUUCCAAAGACUUUUCUUAUAAUUUGACUUUGAAACAAUGUUUUGUUUAAUCUUGUGUUUCAGAGAAGAAAGUAAAUUAGCAUUGAACUUCUAGGAUAGAAGUCAAAUAUCAAUGCCAUUGUAGAAGUGAAGAUUUGUUUCAUUCACAUCAUCCUCUUUGUUAAUCUGAGAAGAACUUGGGCUUUAUGAGCAUGAUUAAAAGUGGUACAUGUGCUUCAUUUUUCUGAGCUCAAUAAAGCUACUAUUCAGUUGAAUUUGUAAAAUUAUUUUUAUAUAGACUAUUAAAUAUUGUUAUGAUAUAUAACGUGUGUUUUAAAUGUAUAUGUAUAUAUAUUGAAAGUAAUAGCUGUUAAUAUUUGUUUACUAUGAGUAAAAGCUAAAAAUUGCCAGCAAAGUACCAAGCUGUACAAACAUUGUGUGAUAAGCUUGAAGCAAUGACAGUAAUGCACAAAUCAAUGUAGGUCAAGCAGACUUUCUGAUUACAAAACUGUCAAUGGUCUGUACUCAAUCCAUUUCAGUUUAUUUUCUGGAAUUAUAUUUAAUAAUAAUACCUUUAAUUAUCUUGAAUAUGUUAAUGAUCUUCCAUAUACAUGUAAAGUAAUCACAGCUUAUACUUUUUAUAUCUGUAGUUAAUGACUGUGGUAUCUGUCAUAAAUUUGUUCUACACUACAGUUCUGAAUAAUGUCAUUGAUUCUAACUCCUCACCAAGUGUGAGUAUUGCAAUAAAGAGGAAUAGAAUUUACAAUUGGUGAAUGCAUAUUUUUGUAACAAGUCAUUGUCACUUGAAGUGUUUGUGUUCGUGUUUGGUUUAUUUAUGUACAUUGUACCUCUGUACUCGAACAUUUUUGAAUUUCAUGUAAGAAAAUAACUAAAAACAAAAAGACUUGUAAAGAAAUUUUGUUUUCUAUUUAGCUUUGUAAGAAAUGGGGUGAGAUCAGUGAGAAUAUCAGUGGUAUUCGCAUGACUAUAAAAUAUUUAUGUAAACAUUGUAUAUUUACUAUGUACAAAAAUAACUUUGAAAACUACAAGCAUGUAAAUAUUUUUGGAAAAAACAAAGUAGUAUUUC